AUGGCGCUUUGGAAGAUGAACCUCCUUGCCACGAUGGUGGUGGUGUUGGCUGCGCCUGGCCUGGUGGUGAUGGUGAGCGGAGCGGGGAUAGUGGAGGUGGAUUGGAGCCGUGUGGUGGCCGUGUCAAACACAACAACAACCCUGCAAGUUGUGGCCAAUCCCAUUCUCAACCCAGCCACCUCGCCAGUCGCCCAUCGAGCAGGGGAGAGCCUCGCCGCCCUCAACGCCGACCUUGUUCGGUACGUGCCGUGGUUCCCAUAUCCAAAGGUCGGUGUGGCUGAGCUUGAGCCGCCAAACGCCGCGACCAACACCACAUCGUGGAACUUUGAGUGGAUCCUGCCACAGCUCGAGCUCGUCAUGAAUGCCACGCUUCGCAAGGGUCACACCGUCGUUCCAAACUUCAGCACACAGCCAACCUGGAUGUAUGAUACGCCGAAAUGGGACUACCCUGCUGACCCGAACACGGCAGACUUUGGAUAUCCGCGAGGCAAUGCUCGUGCCAACACGACGCGGCUCGUGGCAGAAUACUAUGGGCGCCUUCUCUCCUGGCUCACCAACGGCGAGUUUGUCGACGAAUACGGCACGCGCCACACCGGCGGUCCCAAGUACAACCUCACCCACUGGGAGGUGUUCAAUGAACCACAAGGGUGCCACGGCCUUAACGCUCAGCAGUACAACAAACAGUAUGACGCCGUCGUCAAGGAAAUCCGACGCCAGGCCGACCCAAACCACAGGCUGAAGUUUGUUGGCCUUGCAGCAUCUGGGCAGCCGCUUGAUUGGAUUGCGUCAUUCCUCAACCACAGCAACCACGCACCAGACACGCCCCUCGAUUACGUCUCUUUCCACUUUUACGCCUCUUGCACAAACAGAACAGACCCAGAUACAUACACGUCGUUUUUCGGCGAUGCAGACCAGUUCCUGCAGCAGCUGGAGAAGAUUGCGCACUUGCGAUCCCAGCUCUCACCCAACACGAAACUCUCGUGUGAUGAAACCGGCGUCAUCCUCCCACACGACAACGACCCCACCAGCCCCGUCCCGCCCCGCAUCUACUGGAACGCCGCCGCCGCCAUGUAUGCCUAUCUCGUCCCUGAAACGACGAAACUCGGCCUCGACGUGCUUGGGGAAUCGCAGCUUGCCGGGUCGCCGCCAAUUCCAGAAUGGGACAUCCCAGACCCGCAGUACCCGUCUGUCUCCAUGCUCAACUGGACAAGUGGCGAAGGGAAUGCGCGGUAUUGGGUGCUGAAGCUCAUGAUUGAGGAGCUUGCGCCAGGUGACAAGUUGGUGCACACGACAAUGAGCACGACACCACACUCUCCGCUCUGUGCAAAGGUGGACGGGCAUGUUGGGUAUGGAAAUGUAUCGCUGAUGUGUCAUGAAGACGAUGCAGUCAUCACCAAUAUCACGUUCGCUUCGUUUGGAACACCGACCGGAACAUGCGGGCACUACAAAACGGGCGCAUGCGAUGCGAGCAACACGACUGCCAUUGUCACCGCCAUGUGCAAAGGCAAGCGUGCGUGCACUGUUGCCUCGUACCCGACAUUUGGCGACCCGUGCUACGGCGUGUACAAGGACCUUGUGGUGCAGGCAGCAUGCACGCGUGACAGCGGCGGGUUUGCGCGGCCGCCGGACUACCCGGGUGAUGCAGACCUGUAUGCGCAGGCGUACGUCACCAAGGGCGGUCACAAGAAGGUGUUGGUCGUGAACAAAUCGAAUGUGCACGGGAGCGCGCGGGUGAUGGGCGCGACACACAUGCGCGUUGUUGAUCUCCAGAGCGGCGAUGGCCCGCCGAGAAGCGAAACCGUCACCAACAACGUCGUGUUCCUCAGCCCAUUCGCCGUCGCCAUAGUCGCAGUCACGCAGUAAAGGACAUGUGUGCAUUUGUAUGUGUGCAUUUGUAUGUGUGUAUGCGUGUGUGCGUGCA